AUGGCGAGACUCACAAGCUGGCUUCUCCUCUCAGCAUGGGGAGCCGCCUCCGCAUCUGGGCAAGGCCUCCACGAGCUGGCCGUAAAGUCCGGGAAACUCUUCUUCGGCACGGCGACGGACACGAACCUCUUCAAUGAUGCGGCAUACAUGGCGGUCCUAAACAGAACGGGCGAGUUCGGCCUCGUGGUGCCGGAGAACAGCCAGAAGUGGGACGCGACGGAGAAGACGCAGAAUGACUUCCAAUUCAAGAACCCAGAUGCUGUACGAGGGGUCGCACAGGCAAAUAAGCAGAUGAUGAGGUGUCAUGCGUUGACAUGGCACUCUCAACUCCCACAAUUUGUCUCAACGGGAACCUGGACCCCAGAAACCCUCACCCCCGUAAUCCAAGCACACAUCUCAAACGUGGUAACGCACUACAAAGGCGCCUGCUACUCGUGGGACGUCGUCAACGAAGCCCUCGCCGACAACGGCACCCUCCGCGACAGCGUCUUCUCCCGCACCCUCGGCACAGACUUCAUCUCCAUCUCCUUCAAGGCCGCCGCGGCAGCCGACCCGGCCGCGAAGCUGUACUACAACGACUUCAGCCUCGAGUUCAACUCCAACAAGACGGACGGCGCCGUCAAGAUCGUGCAAGAUCUCAAAGCCGCAAACGUGAAAAUCGAUGGCAUCGGGUUCCAGGCGCAUUUCCAGGUCGGCAAGACGCCGUCGCAGGAUACGCUGAACAAAGUGAUGACGCGCUUCACGGAUCUGGGGCUGGAAGUCGCGCUUACGGAGUUGGAUGUACGGCACGAUAAACUGCCUGCCGAUGAUGCGGCGGUGCAACAGCAGGCUAAGGACUACGGCACCGUCGUCAAGACGUGCGUGGAGAACGCCAAGUGCGUCGGCGUCGUGGUGUGGGAGUUCACGGAUAAGUACAGCUGGAUCCCGUCCACAUUUUCGGGGGCCGGGGACGCGUGCUUGUUCGAUAAGGAUAUGAAGCCCAAGCCGGCGUAUGCAGCCGUCGCGGCGGCGUUGAGAGGAGCAGGAGCAGCUGCACCGGUAGCAGCACCGGCGCCGGCGGCUGGAGCCCAGGGCGUGCUGUCGUCGGGAAGCAGUGCAUCUGGUACCGGGGCCGGGGUUGAGGCCACGGAUGCCGAUGCCGGGACCGAUACCGAGGCCGAUGCCGACAGCGGAGCGGGGGAAUCACAGGCAAAGAGCAAUGUGGAGGCAGCGACCAAGUCACCUUCCUCUUCGGGAACAGGUCGCUUUGAAGCCGUGCUGCUGAUUUCGCCGCUGAUAGCCACCGGUAUCGGCUGGCUUUUCUGGUUGGUGAUAUGAUCUCUAGACACC